GAGGAAGACUGGUGGUACGCGAGAGGAAUCACCGGGAUUUCAGCGAACAAAGAGGGCUACAUUCCUGCUAAUUAUGUUGCACCCAUAGAAAGCCUCGACGCUGAACCAUGGUAUUUUCCAGAAACAAAGCGCUUGGAGGCUGAGAAGAUGUUGACGUCUCAAGAGAACAAGAAUGGAGCUUUUCUAAUCAGAAACUGUGAAAGCCAGCAAGGGGAGCUUUCACUCUCAGUGCUGGACAACGGAAAAGUGAAGCAUUAUAAGAUCAGAAAGCUGGAGAAUGGUGGCUACUUCGUGUCAAAGACUCGUAGUUUUUUCACACUGAGAGAUCUAGUGGAGCACUACUCCAGAAAUGAGGAUGGCCUCUGUGUUUGUUUGGCAGAACCCUGCAAAAAAACAAUGGCUCCAGAGACACAUGGUCUAUCUUACAACACUGUGGAUCAUUGGGAGAUCUCGCGUUCCUCUUUAAAACUCUUGAAGAAGUUGGGAGCAGGGCAGUUUGGCGAGGUCUUUGAAGGCAUAUGGAAUGACAGAACAGCCGUCGCUGUCAAAACACUCAAGCCAGGAACUAUGGAUCCAAAAGACUUCCUGCGAGAAGCUCAGAUCAUGAAGAAACUCCGUCAUGCCAAACUGAUCCAGCUCUAUGCUGUCUGCACUACGGAAGAGCCCAUCUACAUCAUCACGGAGCUCAUGAGCCACGGGAGCCUUCAAGAAUAUCUGCAAAAAGACAAAGGUGCUUCUCUGCAAAUGUCUGAUCAGAUAGAAAUGGGAGCACAAGUGGCAUCUGGCAUGGCAUACCUUGAAUUGCAGAACUACAUUCACAGAGAUCUUGCGGCACGAAACGUUCUGGUGGGAGAUAACAAUGUGUGCAAGGUGGCCGACUUUGGCUUGGCACGAGUAAUUCAGAUGGAAAAUGAGAAUGUUUAUGAGGCCAAAGAAGGAACCAAGUUUCCAGUGAAAUGGACUGCUCCCGAGGCCAUCCACGAGAACAAAUUCACCAUCAAAUCUGACGUCUGGUCUUUUGGGAUCCUACUGUAUGAAAUUGUGACGUUUGGACAGAUGCCUUACCCAACCAUGACGAACUUUCAAGUGGUACAACAGUUGCCCAAAGGCUACAGGAUGCCAUGCCCUCUUAACUGCCCAAAAUAUUUGUAUGACAUCAUGUACGAAUGCUGGAAGGACUCCCCUGCAGACAGACCCACCUUUGAAACUCUGCAGUGGAAACUCGAGGAAUUCUUUGAUAUGGAUUUAAGCUCGUAUGAUGAUGCAAACCGCUACUAAAAGACACCACUGCUUACAAAUGUAAUGUAACUGCAAACGAGCCAAGAGCAGAGUUUCGAUGAGCAAGUCUGAGAUGCUGUUUUAGUAUCAAAUGAACCAAAUGCCUUUAUGUACUCUCAGUGUACACAUAUAAUAUGCUCAAUGUACUCAUCAAGAGUUUUCAUAUGUACAAACUGCAUAAGGUAGAGCUCAAGCAUGUAAUUAUUUGGAUGUUAAAAAACUUUCUCCCAUCCUGGAUUAAUUUGCAGAGACAACUGUAGGUAACCUAUUCAUCAUCGGUUGGUUGCCCUGGAAAGCGCAUUCAAAACAAAUUUCUCUGCUGGUUUUAAUAUUCUGCCCAAAGAUAUUGGAUAUCGAAUCAAUAGCAGGAGUAUGUGGCGGCACUAGAUUCUGCCGACCUGUGACAAACUGGAGGAUGUGUGGAAUGGAAACCAGUCAAUUUAUGCAGUUCUGUCGACUCUACUGACACAGCUUUUGCACAAUUCACAGCACAAUUCAGCUUUAAAUCAAAUGUAUUCUGAGCCUUCUGAUUAUUUCCUUUUUGCAUUCUUCCAUUCAGUCUGUGGAGGUAUAGUUCUGUCUGUAUUUGCUGCUGUGUGAAUGCCGUAUGCCAGCAAUAUCAUGGUGGUUUAGUGUCACUUGACUUGCACUCAUGCUGGUGCCAUGAAACCGAAACUACUGAGGAAUAAAUAUAAAGAGCCUGGGCCAUACACAUGUAUGGAAACAGGCAGCAGUGUAUCUGGAUUAACCAGUUUUACGUUAAGUAGUGAAUGAGUCACUGCCUGCCAGACUAACAGCAUUACUUGUUUAAAGAGCGGAAUGCUCAGAAUCCACUACAUACAUUUGCUCACAGCAUUAAGCAAUAUGCAAAAGUGCACAUUGAGACUAGAUUCGCAAUCAAGCCUUAGUGAAAACUAAUAAUUAGAUCAUGUAUUGUACAGUCACAGUGAUUUUUAAAUACAUUUUGGGUUUAAAUACAGCUUCUUUGAGGUUAAUUUACAAACUGUGAUUCUUCUCUUCAUCUCUUGUAAGAAGAUAAAAU